AGUGUUAGUUGUUGAGAUGAAAAGAAUACUAUUACAAUACUCAAACCCAGAAAUUUUACAUUCAAUGAGUUCAUCAGAUACAACAAUUACUUAUCAACCCAUGAACGAUUCCGUAGCUACAGCAAUCGGAAGACCGUUUAAGCUCACUGCACCUUUCGAUUCAUCAAUGACGUUAACAAUACUCGUUCUUCUCACUGCUCUGUUUUUCAUGGGUUUUUUCUCUAUUUAUAUACGUCACUUCGCCGGAGAUACAACAACUUCCACCGGUUACGAUGAUGAUCGACGCCGGAGAAAUCCAUCUCUGUCGUCGUCUUCUUCCUCCGCACACAGGUCUUGCCGGAAAGGGAUGGACCCAUCAACGGUACAAUCCCUACCGUUGAUUUCAUACGGUGGAGCCGCGAAGCACUUGAUCGAAGACUGCCCAAUUUGUUUAUCGGAGUUCGAGGUAAGUGAACUCGUUCGUCUUAUUCCGUACUGUCGUCACGUGUUCCAUCAACAGUGUCUUGACACGUGGCUAUCAUCGCACGUGACUUGUCCACUCUGUCGGUCCACGCAAUUUUUCAAAAAUGUGGAUGAGGUUUGUUUGGAUGUAGUUGAUGUGGGAAAUGAAAAUGGUGUGAGUGAAAGAUCAACGGUUCAAGAGUGUGACACGUGUAGGUGUAUUAGAAGAUCAUGUAGUUCUUCAAAUUUGGGGAGUAGAGUGGCAUUGCAUAGAAGUGCAAGUUUCUAAAAAAA